AGGACCACAACUAAGGGAGGAACCUAAAAACUGUUGACUGUAUGCGGUGGCGAAUAGGGUAAUGGGAAAGAAUGGGAAGGAGAAGCAGAGACACUCGCGGAAGCCUCCUCGCGGCGGAGGAGCUUCUUACUAUUCCCAACAGGACGAAGAAGAAGAAGACGACGACUACCCCUAUAAUGGUAAUGAGCAACAACUUUCCACUAUCUCUAAAGAAGAAGAAGAAGAAGAAGAAGAAGAAGAAGAAAACGAAGACGAAAAUGAUAUAAACUCACCAAUGGAUGUUCCAUCGAAGUUUCUUCUCUAUCAGCAGUCUGUGCAGUCACCGAAAGGAGAUAUAAGCUACAUGCUGAAGUUCUUUCUGAUGUAUGUGGGUGGAAGGCUGCCUCUCCAUCUACAGGAAGAUUUUUGUGGGACUGCUCUUCUUAGUACGGAAUGGCUCCGUGGGGACCCACGACGGACUGCUGUUGGACUUGAUUUGGACAUUGACGCCCUAAAUUGGUGCAUGGAAAACAAUGUAAAGAAAGUUGGGGCUGAUGGAUUUUCUAGAAUAUCCCUGCUUCAUGGGAAUGUAUUGCACCCACUUGAGGCCACGCUACUCAAAUUCGAGCCUGAAAACCUCAUCAGAAAUAUCUCAUUGGAAGGUAUUGAAGGUGAUCCAGAGACUGUCCCAUUGGAAUCUGCAAUGCAUGUUUACCCCAGCACUUCUACUGAUGAUAGAUGCAUGAAUAACUUCCCACUACGUGCAAGAGACAUUGUGUGCGCUUUCAACUACAGUAGUUGUUGUCUCCAUAGACGUGGAGACCUGAUUUUGUAUUUCAAGCAUGUCCUUAAUGCCUUGUCCAAGAAAGGUGGUAUAUUUGUGAUGGAUCUAUAUGGUGGUACAUCAUCAGAGUGCAAGCUAAAGCUUCAAAGGAGGUUUCCGCACUUCACGUAUAUCUGGGAGCAAGCUGAAUUUGACAUCAUCCAGCGCAGGACAAGAAUUAGCCUCCAUUACCAUCUUCAAAAGCAGCAGAAGAGACUUCGCCAUGCAUUUUCAUACAGCUGGAGACUGUGGUCAUUGCCCGAGAUCAAAGACUGCUUAGAAGAGGUGGGAUUUCAAUCUGUCCAUUUUUGGAUACAGCAGAUGCCAGACACCAAAGAAAACAGGAGUGCGGAGGGCUUUGGCAUUGGACGAGAAGUGAAAUAUGAAGAGGUUACAAGUUUCCAACAACAGGAUGCAUGGAAUGCAUAUAUUGUGGGUGUUGCAAAGAAAUUCCCCACUUCCACCUCGUGAUAUUUGAUGCCGUGGUAUAUUAAUUGUGACUGCAGAAGAUUAUGCAACUGCGAGCUGCCAUUGUGGAAUUGAACUUUGAUACCUUCUAUGAGUUAAUAGUCUUCUGUAGUUGGCCUGUAGGUGUCAAAACUCCAUGUUCUUGAUGGUGCCAUUUUAACCAAACCCUUCAGUCCUUCACUAAAUUAUUCCAAAUUAGUCCAACCUGUAGUAAACUGGAAUUUAACUUAACUCAUUAUGGUUUCAUUUGCUCUGUUGCAGGCCAGAACAAUCUUAAUUCUGUGUUGGCAUUUUUAUCUGCUAGAUAUAGAAAUGAACACGUUCUUUUGAGAUCACCAUGUUGGGCACCUUGCAUAGUUGCAUCCAUGUUGGAUGAUAGAACCCUUGCCAGUGAUCUUCAUAUAUUGUAUGCUCAUCUAUAAGAAAGCUUUGUACUCUAUUGAUUUCA